AUGACUGUAGAGGUGAUGGUUGAUGAACAAUUAAAUUGUGUCACAGUGAAUUGGAAUCCAGCUCUAACCAAACUUGCAAACAUUAUAUUUUCAUGCUUUCUUUUUAUGAAUAGGUGGCUGUGAUGUAUAACAACAACAAUAUCCACAGUAGAUAGGAGAUGCAACCUGGAAAUCGCCAGUUAUCUGUUUAAUAAAUAUGUGACAAAUCUGCUAACUGUGGAAAAACACAGCUGUACAGACGAGUACGGCAACCAGUUAGUGUGGAAACCAGUAAGGACACAACACCGGGACCCAGACCCAGACCGGCACCCAUUCACUUUGAACUAAUUUUUUAUAUGACUGGGGAGUAUGAGUAUCCCAAUUAGUGAAUCAUUAAUUUCCAUGCAGCACUUUCCCAUGUCACAUGGCAACUGCAUAAGGUUAGUCAGAAAAGGAGACACCAAGUUUGAGUCUCUCGUUCAUUUGUCAUGUGACAGCUGAAAAGGCUCAGCCAGCCAUAGGGCUGUGGGAUGACCAGUAAAUGUAACCAACGUAGACUCUAUGUUGUGUUGUGUGUGAAGAGUCCACACUUGUCUGUGUCAUCUGAUUUAUUCUGGCGAUUACAAAAUUUGCGUUUCCAUGAGGGUAAAAAGUGGCCUCUGGCAAAGCUUCAGGCCACUCACUCCGAACACUGAAGACAUUUUUAAAUGACCAAAAUGUUCAAAUAAACUUUCAUGAGCUGAAAACACGGUGAAAGGCUCAAAGUUCUGAGAUGAAAACACGGCAAACAUAUUCCGUGGAUAUGCAUUGUUCUGCUUCUCUACUGACGGAGGCUCGUGGAGUUAUCAACCUGUCAAUCAAAGGUAGCCUCACCCUAAAUCAAAAGCUUCUUUAUCAUGUGUUUUCUCCUAAAUGGGACCAUUAUUUACAAAAUUAACAUCAUAUUGUUUUGAAGAAGACACGCAAGAAGCCACGCAAACUUUUUUUGAGACAUGCUGUAACUGGGACAUUACGGUGCAGCAGACUGUCUCGCCAUGAAGGGCUCCAGCUCCAGGUGCGCCUUCUCCCUGGGCUUCCUGGUGGGCGCCUGCAGCAUCUACUUCUUCCUGCGCCAGGUGUGGUUUGAGAGGAGCUACCCUGUGCUUACGGAAGCUCAGGAAAAAGCCACAGCAGUGACAGAGAGACCAACCAGCUGGAGGAAGGAGGGUGCUGCUCUCAUCAACCUGCGCCACCCCCACCAUGCAGAUGAAGACAGCCGGGUGGCAGAUGCGUUGUACCAGAAGGUACGUGUUCUCUGCUGGGUGAUGACGGGGCCGUAUAACCUGCAAAGCAGGGCCCGCCAUGUCAGGGCCACCUGGAGUCGCCACUGCAACGUGGUGGUGUUCAUGAGCUCUGAGGACGACCCAGACUUCCCCACCGUGGGCCUGGGCACGAAGGAGGGCCGCGACCAGCUCUACUGGAAAACCAUCCGAGCCUUCCAUUACGUCUACGAGCACCAUGUGAGUGAAGCAGAUUGGUUCUUAAAAGCAGAUGAUGACACCUAUGUGGUGGUGGACAACCUGCGCUGGAUCCUGUCCAACCACACUCCCGAAGAGCCCAUCUACUUCGGUAAGCGCUUCAAGCCUUACACCAAGCAAGGCUACAUGAGUGGAGGGGCAGGCUACGUGCUCAGCAAAGAAGCUCUCAAGAGAUUUGUGGAAGGUUUUCGGACCAAAGUCUGCACACACACCACGCCCGUGGAGGACUUGGCGCUGGGCCAGUGUUUGGAGAAGAUGGGCGUUCUGGCGGGGGACUCUAGAGAUACUUUGCAUCGAGAAACCUUCCACCCGUUUGUGCCAGAGCACCAUCUGACUGGCAAGUUCUCCAAGAGCUUCUGGUACUGGAGUUACUGCUACUACCCAAUUGUUGAGGGUCCGCAAUGCUGCUCUGACCUGGCCGUAUCUUUCCAUUAUGUCGAAGCGGAGCUGAUGUACACACUGGAGUAUUUCACCUACCACCUGAGAGCGUACGGCUACAGGCCACGCUACCGACCCUCCCUACGCCCUGGUCUGAGCCUUGGCACGCUCUCACACACGGCCGUGACCGCGGUGGGAGUUAAAGGGGUUCAGGAGGUGACGGAUAGAAGGAGUCACACAACUUCAGCCCUCUCCGUUGGUGGGAACCAAACUAAAGCGCAGACGGAGCCAGAGAGAGGAGGGAGAGAUCUAAACUCUCACGUCACUGAGAACAGGACUGCAGUCACUCAGAGCAGGCACCGCUGACUCUGUGUUUCAGCUGGAGGUGAUUUCCCUGCACAGGGUGUCGGUUAGCGUUUUACUUCUGACAGGUCUUCCUUGAUCCGAUCACAGUUUGAUUCCGGCCAGUGUGACUCUUUAAGCACCCACAGUGAGAGUGGGUUAGAUUUCAAAAUGAUUCAAUGGCAGCUCUGUUACGGCUUGUUGAGACUUUUGGUUUAAUUACGUUUGACAUGAUCAGCAUUUAAAUUAUGACUUUAUGAAAGUCACAGGUGUGUCCUUGGAGUGUUGCAGGAACGUGCACAUAGAAUAUUAUUUUUAAUGUAUUUUACAAGUACCUGAUCUGAGCAAAUAAUACAGCAGCAGAUGUGUGAAAAUACGUUGUUUUUUAUUCAUUAUUUUACUUUUUUUUUUUUAAAUGGAAAUUAGCAACUUCAGAAUAUUUAGCCUUUUUGAAAGACCUUUUUGCCUUUUUUUUUUGGUGUUAAAUCUGAUGUUGUAUUUUUACUUUAAUGACAUUUUUUUUUGUUUUUUAAUUGUUUUGGUUGUAAAUCACAACCAAUCUUGGGAGUUUUUUUGCUUUUUUUAUUUUUAUUUUACCUUUGUGUCUGUUUGCAUUUUUCCUUCUUGGUUUCCUUUUGAACCCCCUGUGGUUAAAUAGUCAAAGCAGACUUUAAAUCCACAGCCAGCAGUGUUAGGAUGUUUGUUUCAAUUAUAAAAGCAACAACUGUGCUGUUAAAAAAUGUCUUUUGUUUUUACCUCAGAGUGAUAAAAGAUGCUCUGGUGUAGAAGUGCAUACUCGAAACCUCCUGUACUUCUUUUUGAGAAUACUGUAGCUUCUGAUGAACACAGAAUUAAACUUCAAUGAAUCCCU